GAAGGCAGGAGCAGAAGCAAUAGAUAAGUGUUUUGAUGAAUUGCAAGAUGGCCAGGACUUGCAGUGCCCCCAGCCCUGCUGAUACCAAAUGCCUUUAAGAUACAGCCUUUCCCAUCCUAAUCUACAAAGGAAACAGGAAAAAGGAACUUAAAACUCCCUGUGCUCAGUCAGAAAUGAGACUGUUACAGCCUGCUUCUGUGCUGUUCUUUCUUGCCUCCAACUUGUAAACAAGAGCUAGGAGAACAUGCGAAUGGAAAGUAACAAAGCUCUGGGCUUUUGAAAGGAUCUUGAGGACCUCAUGCACAUCUGUGGACGCUGGAUGGAGAGAUUUGGGGAAGCAUGGGCUCUUUAGCUGGCUUAAUUCUCUACGGACUCAGCUUACUCCUUUCUGGGUUGGUGGAAUGUGCCAUGGACCUGAUCUUGAUCAAUUCCCUACCUCUUGUGUCUGAUGCUGAAACGUCCCUCACGUGCAUUGCCUCUGGGUGGCACCCCCAUGAGCCUAUCACCAUAGGGAGGGACUUUGAAGCCUUGAUGAACCAGCACCAAGAUCCACUGGAAGUUACUCAAGAUAUGACCAGAGAAUGGGCUAAAAAAGUUGUCUGGAAGAGAGAAAAGGCUAGUAAGAUCAAUGGCGCUUACUUCUGUGAAGGGCGAGUUCGAGGACAGGCCAUAAAGAUCCGGACCAUGAAGAUGCGUCAACAAGCUUCCUUCCUACCAGCUACGUUAACUAUGACUGUGGAUAGGGGCGAUAAUGUGAAUAUAUCUUUCAAAAAGGUGUUAAUUAAAGAAGAAGAUGCGGUGAUUUACAAAAAUGGUUCCUUCAUCCAUUCAGUGCCCCGGCAUGAAGUACCGGAUAUUUUAGAAGUACACCUGCCUCAUGCUCAGCCCCAGGAUGCUGGCGUGUACUCAGCUCGGUACAUAGGAGGAAACCUGUUCACCUCGGCUUUCACCAGGCUGAUAGUUCGGAGAUGUGAAGCUCAUAAGUGGGGCCCUGAAUGUAACCAGGACUGUACUGCUUGUAUGAACAAUGGAGUCUGCCAUGAAGAUACUGGGGAAUGCAUUUGCCCUCCUGGGUUUAUGGGGAAGACAUGUGAGAAGGCUUGUGAAUUGCACACAUUUGGCAGAACCUGUAAAGAAAGAUGCAGUGGAACAGAAGGAUGCAAGUCUUAUGUUUUCUGUCUCCCAGACCCCUAUGGGUGUUCCUGUGCCACAGGUUGGCAGGGCCUGCAGUGCAAUCAAGCAUGCCAACCUGGUUACUAUGGGCCAGAUUGUAAACUGAGGUGCAGUUGUUCCAAAGGGGAGAUGUGUGAUCGCUUCCAGGGAUGUCUCUGCUCUCAAGGAUGGCAAGGGCUCCAGUGUGAGAGAGAAGGCAAGCCAAGGAGGACCCCACAGAUAGAAGAUUUACCAGAUCUCAUAGAAGUCAACAGUGGUAAAUUUAGCCCCAUCUGCAAAGCCUCUGGCUGGCCACUGCCUGCCAAUGAAGAAAUGACACUGGUGAAGCCGGAUGGGACGGUGCUCCACCCAAAUGACUUUAACCAUACAGACCAUGUCUCAGUAGCCAUAUUCACCAUCCACCAAAUCCUCCCCCCAGAUUCAGGAGUUUGGGUCUGCAGUGUAAACACGGUGGCUGGGAUGGUGGAAAAGCCUUUCAACAUUUCUGUUAAAGUUCUUCCGAAGCCUUUGAAUGCUCCUAAUGUGAUCGACACUGGACAUAACUUUGCUGUCAUCAACAUCAGCUCUGAGCCUUACUUUGGAGAUGGACCAAUCAUAUCCAAGAAACUUCUAUACAAACCUGUUAAUCAUUAUGAGGCUUGGCGACACAUUCAAGUGACCAAUGAGAUUGUUACACUCAGCUAUUUGGAGCCUCGGACAGAAUAUGAGCUCUGUGUGCAGCUGGUGCGCCGUGGAGAGGGCGGAGAAGGGCAUCCUGGACCAGUGCGACGCUUCACCACAGCUUCCAUUGGACUCCCUCCUCCAAGAGGUCUCAGUCUCCUUCCAAAAGACCAGACCACACUAAAUUUGACCUGGCAACCGAUAUUUACAAACUCAGAAGAUGAAUUUUAUGUCGAAGUGGAGAGGAGAUCUGUACAAAAAAAAAGUGACCAGCAGAACAUUAAAGUGCCAGGCAACCUGACUUCCGUGCUGCUGAACAACUUAAAGCCCAGAGAGCAGUACAUAGUCCGGGCCAGAGUCAACACCAAGGCCCAGGGGGAAUGGAGUGAGGAUCUCACUGCUUGGACCCUCAGCAACAUUAUCCCUCCUCAACCAGAAAACAUCAAGAUCUCCAACAUCACAGACACCUCAGCUGUAAUUUCUUGGACAAUAUUGGAUGGCCAUUCUAUUUCUUCCAUUAUCAUUCGUUACAAGGUUCAGGGUGAGAAUGAAGAUCAGCACAUCGACGUAAAGAUCAAGAACGCCACCAUCACUCAGUAUCAGCUCAAGGGCCUUGAGCCUGAGACAGCUUACCAGGUAGACAUUUUUGCGGAGAACAACAUAGGAUCAAGCAACCCGACCUUUUCUCAUGAACUGAUGACCCUCUCAGAAGCUCAAGCCUCAGCAGACCUUGGAGGAGGGAAGAUGCUACUUAUUGCCAUCCUGGGGUCAGCAGGAAUGACCUGCUUGACGGUGCUGUUGGCCUUUCUGAUUAUGUUGCAAUUGAAGAGAGCAAAUGUCCAAAGGAGAAUGGCUCAAGCCUUCCAAAAUGUGAGGGAAGAACCAGCUGUGCAGUUCAACUCGGGAACACUGGCCCUAAACAGGAAGGCCAAAAACAACCCGGAUCCCACAGUCUACCCAGUGCUUGACUGGAAUGACAUCAAGUUUCAAGACGUGAUUGGUGAGGGCAACUUUGGCCAGGUUCUCAAGGCACGCAUCAAGAAGGAUGGGUUGCGGAUGGACGCGGCCAUCAAGAGGAUGAAAGAAUAUGCUUCCAAAGAUGACCACAGAGACUUUGCAGGAGAACUGGAGGUUCUUUGUAAACUUGGACACCAUCCUAACAUCAUCAAUCUCUUGGGAGCAUGUGAACACCGAGGCUACUUGUACCUGGCCAUUGAGUACGCCCCUCACGGAAACCUCCUGGACUUUCUACGCAAAAGCCGAGUGCUGGAGACAGACCCUGCAUUCGCCAUUGCCAACAGCACCGCGUCCACACUUUCCUCCCAACAGCUCCUGCACUUUGCUGCAGAUGUGGCCCGGGGAAUGGACUACCUGAGUCAGAAACAGUUUAUCCACAGGGAUCUGGCUGCCAGGAACAUUUUAGUUGGGGAAAACUAUGUAGCCAAAAUAGCAGAUUUUGGACUAUCCCGAGGUCAAGAAGUUUAUGUGAAAAAGACGAUGGGAAGGCUCCCCGUGCGCUGGAUGGCAAUCGAGUCACUAAAUUACAGUGUUUAUACCACCAACAGUGAUGUAUGGUCCUAUGGUGUGUUGCUCUGGGAGAUCGUCAGCUUAGGUGGCACUCCCUACUGUGGGAUGACUUGUGCAGAGCUCUAUGAAAAGCUGCCUCAGGGCUACAGGCUGGAGAAGCCCCUGAACUGUGAUGAUGAGGUGUAUGAUCUAAUGAGACAGUGCUGGAGAGAGAAGCCUUAUGAGAGGCCAUCAUUUGCCCAGAUCCUGGUGUCCUUAAACAGGAUGUUAGAAGAACGGAAGACCUACGUGAAUACCACGCUUUAUGAGAAGUUUACCUAUGCAGGAAUCGACUGCUCUGCCGAGGAAGCAGCCUAAGACAGAGCAUCUUCCAUGUCCUCUACUUCCCUUUCCCUGGCAUGAGAUCCUUGAGGGCUGCUAAGCAAGCAAGCCAGCCCCUUCUGGAUGUGAUAUAAAAGUGUACAUAUAUGGCGCUACAUCAGAGAUCUUGAGCAACCCCUGCCUCCGUGUGGAUCUAGAGAAUGCACAGACUCUGAGGAGAUUGUAUAUACUGUUUUGAGGAAGAAUGUGCUGAAAUUAGAAUGCCUGUUUGUUGAUUUCAUAUAAUAUAUUUUUCUAAAAAUGUGGACUUCAUAGGAAGACGUGAGAGUACAGUUACUUAAUAUGUAACUCAUUAUUGUCCUAGAUAUUUUUGAUAUUUACCUUUAUACAUGAAUGCUAUGACAUGUGUUGCUGUGCAGAAGUAAAAUAUUAAGAAACCUAAUAAUUAGCCUGACAGUAGAGGUAAGAAAAGUGAGGGACAUGUAUGAAUUUUAACAGGAUGUGGACUAAUAUUUAAGAGGCUAACAUUUCCAAACAAUGUGUCAGAGAUUCUCCUGUUUCUCAGUCUUGUCCCUCACCUGUAGCAAUGAUUCCAAUUUCAUCUGGUCAUGUGAUAACUUCACCUUGUGUCUCCACAGCCCCCAAGUCAGUCCAGAAGGUUAAGUAAUUCAUUUCUUGGAAUCCUAAGAUGCUUUAGAGAAGUAUAAAUAAUCCUAAUAGACAUAUUAGUGGUGUUUACUUGUACUUCCUUGGGUAAUAUUGACUUGCGUAGUUUGAAAAAUAAUAAAUAGAAAGGCAGGAGUGACAUUAAGGUAAGGUGUGACAUGUAUUGAAUUAACAUUGAAAGUGUACUUUCUAUGAGGUUUUAGCUUUGAUCAGUUGUGAGUUUUAUCAUUUAUACUAUAAGCAGAUGUUGCACUGGGAUCAUGCUGUACAUGAAUAAAAUGUCUUACCUAUCCA